GUGUCAGCCGUGAGAAGCUCCUUUCAGCUCCGAGCCCAGCCCCGUGGGCCUCCCAGCACCAGGAUGGUUUCCUUCAUCCUCUGCCUGCUCCCUGCUCUCCUAGCUACAACGAGUGCACAAACUAUCGCACCUGCAACCCUGACAUGUAACACGUGCUUUGGCCUAACGGAGACCUGUGAUACGGCUGUAGGAACUUGCCAAGACAACAAGGCUACUGGUGGCUGCCUCUCCGUGGCAGAAGAUAUUACACUGGAUGGGACAAGGACCCCGUUCUUCUACAAACAAUGUCUGAGUAGCUAUAAAAGUGACAUCAAAAUCCCCAUCUCCUUCACUGUUGGGAACGGCAAGUAUUUCAGGAUCAACAUCACACAGUGCAACGACACCGAUAACUGUAACUCGGCUGUCCUUGGAGUGCCCAAGGAGAAUGCCACCGUGAACGGGCUGCAGUGCCCAACCUGCUUUGCUCAGAACUUCAGUGUCUGCAACACUCAAACAAUCCCUUGUACUGGGGACGAGACCUAUUGCAUGGAUUUCACUGGAUACCUAGUGAAAGAUUCAGGUAUUUCAGCCUUUGUUGGAAAAGGCUGCGCUACUGCGUCCACAAGAGACAUUAAACCUGAAACCACCCUGAUUUCUGCAGUCUACAGAUACGUCUUUUUAUGGGGGAACUCUGUUCCGGCGGAUAAAAUACCCACCAUCCCCCCUCCCACAAGCACCACCCCCGCUAAUACCACCAUCCCCCCUCCCACAAGCACCAAUCCUGCUAAUACCAUCAAGACCCCUCCCACAAGCACCAACCCCGAAACAACCCGCAGUGGGGCCAGCCCGGCGCUGGGGAAAUUCUCCUUCACCCUCUACCUGCCUGGCCUGACUGGGCUGCUGCUGGUGAAGCUGCUCUCCUGA